GAAAACCUCACCAAAGUUUCAAAUAUUUUUCCAGAAAACCUAUUAUAAAUCCGGCGUUUGCAAAACGAAGUAUUCAAAAUAACGAGGAUGAAAAUAUUAGCAUAAAGAAGCAAGUUUUCAUAAAGAAAAUGCAUGAAUUGCAGAAGUCCAGGAGCUAUCUCCAGAAGUUGGACGGGGCGAGUGCACAUUUCCAUAGAAGCGGCAGGCACAGUCUGUAUAAAAAGUUGGAGACUUUAUUUGAAGCGUACGGGUAUUCCGGCCGUGAGUGCGUGUUCAGAUUAUUAUGCGACGCCGGCAAAGCGAAUACCCACGAGGAACAAGGGACCUUCCUUCAAGAAUUAUUCACGGCAACGUUCACGUUGCCACAAGGAGAAACGGUUGAUGACUUAUUGGAAUAUGACAAAGCACAUAACACGCAUAAUGACUGUGCGGAAUUGUACCCAGAAUGCGAGGAUUUAAGCAUAACAGCAUAA